AUGAGUUUUGUUGAAGAGUUGAAAACACCAGGCUUUUUACCAUGGCCGAGUUUAAAACGAGGAUUGUUUUCGAAGUAUGAUUUGCUCACCGGUCUCUUAGUAGAGCGAGAUUUAAGUGUUCACUUUGAUGAUGUCUCUCCGUAUCAGCAUGUUCGUAUUAUGGAGUCACCCCAAUAUGGAGGUUGUCUUCUUGAUAACGAUCUGAAUUUAUCGGAAAGUGAUCUAGAAUACACUCGAGCUAUCACUGGAUAUGAUAAGGAAGAUUACAAAGAUAAGAAUGUGUUGAUCUUAGGAGGAGGGGACGGGGGAAUACUUCAUUAUCUACGAGAUCGCGGCCCUUCUAUGAUAACAAUGAUUGAUAUCGACCAAAUGGUUAUUGACGCAGCGAAAAUACAUUUGCGAGAUUGCCACGAUGCUCUUGACUCACUCUCUGGUGAAAAUUAUGAAGUCAUAGUAGACGAUUGUGUAAAAUAUCUCAAAAAAUAUGUAGCAGAAAAGAAAACGUUUGAUUAUAUAAUUAACGACCUAACUGCGAUUCCAGUUAGCACCGAGCCAGUAGGCGACCACUGGGAUUUCUUGCGUCUCAUAUUAUCGAUGUCAAUGAAAGUUCUGAAAAAUGAUGGAAAAUAUUUCACUCAAGGAAACUCACUGCUGGCUCAAAAUGCACUCGCAAUGUACGAAACGCAGCUCGAGAAAUUGGAGUGUCGCGUUAAAUACACGAAGAAAGAGGUCUGUGUGCCGUCCUAUUUAGAGCAAUGGGUUUUCUACACUAUAUGGAAGGAUUCAUAGGAUUCAAGAUUGUUGAAUUGUCGA